AAUAUAUAUAAUUAUUAUAUAUGUGUACACACACACACACACACAUAUAUAUAUAUAUAUUGUACGUAACGUUUGACCUUAGCUAGCAGCUACAUGCGAUGGAAAGCAUGAACCGUGGAGGAAGUUUCUCCUUCAGCUGCUCCGAUUCUGACUUGAACUUUUCUUCCCUCUCACAUUUCACCGACAACGACGAUGACGAAGACGAUGAAUCUUACAUCGAAAUAGCACUUGACCAUCACCAUGAUCAUCCUAAACCGUCAAGCCAAGAUGAUGAUGAGGAGGAUGAUGAAGAUCUUGGUCGUGGAGGACUAGACCGUGUGGAUUACUUGCGCAUAUCGUUUUCGUCUAGUCUUCUCCCGGAGCUCUCCGCCACCAACCUCCCUCCCAAUCACGUCUCUGAGGCAGCUGAUCACCCAGUAAACCAGAUUCCGUCGUCGCCAACGGUGUCAUAUUCUUGCCUUCCGAGCUCUUCUUCCAUGGAAGACAGUUGUAGGAAUCCGAUAGGAUUGGAUGAGCCUUCAAGGCUCCGCAGAAGUACUAGCGCAAAAGGAAGAUUACCCAGAGUUAACCGGCUAGUCAACACGCUGCUGUUUGGUCUCCGGUCAUCAUCGGAGUCGCCUACCCCCGCGGACGACGCUGACCUGUCACGGAGCAGGAAAGCAUCAAACAUCAAAACCUCAAUAAACGGUGGCCUCAUGAAGUUUCUCUUCAAGUUCCGAGCCAUGAAUCUUGGAGCACUGGUAGCUUCAUUUGUAAAGCCCCGCCAAGUUGCUUAUGACGAUGACGAUCCUCAUCAAUCCCAAAACAUUAAUCGUCGAUGCAAGAACAAGAAAUCGAAGGAGAGUAGUAGCAGUACUCUUCAAUGGUUGGUUCAAAAGAAGCAAGGGAAAAGCAGCAGGACCAAGAACUCUUCAGAAGCAGUAGGAGGAGGCAUUAGUCGCAAAGAAAGAAGAACAAGGAGCUGCCAAAGUUCAAUUAAGUCUUCCCCAAUUCACCAAGGAUUUACAAGUGAUGACCAUAGUAAUAAGGUAUAUCUUUAUAAAAGAGAAACCUCAAUUCAGUCUGCAAUUGCCCACUGCAAAACUUCAUUUGAACAAACAUCCAUAUCCUGAUUAAUUUUGGCUUUUCUCCAAAUUAUCAACACCCACCAGUUUAUAAGAUGUUGUUGCUGCCGGAACAUGGAAUCAAACUACUUGUUCGGCGCGUGAGAACAUAAAAAACCACAUCUGUAAUAGAGGUAGAACUCAUCUGCACUACGAUAUGCGAUCAAUUUUUGUGAUAGAUGUACAUACUCAUAUGGUUAUCCAUCUCAUACAUAUUUGAAUUGAUGAAUAACAAAUGUUAAU